AUGGCCACUGAGCAGGAUGUCGUCUCCUCCUGUGAGUGGCAGUGUGACGGGGUCUUGUGCAUCCUGCCCUCUCUGCUGCUGCUCCUGUUCUCCCUGGCUCUCCGUUGGCCCCCGGUACAGCGAAGGGCGAGACUGGGGGUGAGGGCUGCCGCCUGGUGUCUGUGGGUGGCACUGUGCUGGGUCCUGGAGCUCCCCAUCUACCACCCUGAGACAGAGCCAGGCUGGGGCAAGGAGAGGGGAGGAGUGCAGGAAGGCUGGAGCUUGGGCAAGGAGAGGGGAGGAACACAGGGACAUGGAUCACCCCCAGGCCUAACCACAGGACCUUCACCAGAGAGAGGCUGGGGUAGGGAGAGAGGACUGGGCCUUGGCUUGGGAUCACAUCCAGCCCCAGACCCAUUCUCAGCCCCAGGACCCACUCUAGCCUGUAAGCCCACAGCCCUGGCCCGGUUCCUGCUCCAGUACUGUGGUUCCCUGGCCAGACCCAGACUGGCCCCGUGGCCCAGGGGUGACCCCCACCUCCAGACCCUCUCAAGCUUGGUAUUGGGUGGCCUGACUGCAGGAGACCAGGGACUAGAGGAGGUCACCUUUACUCGGGAACACCUCCUACUGAAAGACGGGGGGAUAGUGGCUCUGGACUGGGCUGUGGGGGUAAGGGGGGGAGAGGGGGUGGAACGGGAGAGGGGGAAAGAGCACCUUCCUGGGGGGAAGGCAUUGGGGUGCCACACCUCCACGCCUCCAAUCCUCCUUCUCAUCCCUCACUCCUGGGGAGGGGUGACGCCCCACCUGAGGGGUCUGUGUAGAAUGGCGCUCCAUCAGGGUUUCUACACCCUCGUGUUUCACCGUAGGGGCACGGGGGGAUGCCCUCUCACCACGCCACGGCUGACUGAGUAUGGAGACUCUGCUGACCUGGUGCAGGUAGGGUAAACAAUAAUAUUAUCAUAAUAAUUGUAUGGUUUAUAAUUGACCUAAUAAUGAUAUUGUAUAUAAUGUUGAACAUACGAAUGCUGAAUGGGAAACAUGCAUACAACAUGGUCUCCAUGCACACAUUACCUCAGGUUACAGACCUGUCUCCUGAGUGGCGCAGUGGUCUAAGGCACUGCAUCGCAGUGCUAACUGUGCCACUAGAGAUCCUGGUUCAAAUCCAGGCUCUGUCGCAGCCGGCCGCGACCGGGAGACUCAUGGGCGGCACACAAUUGGCCCAGCGUCGUCCAGGGUAGGGGAGGGAAUGGCCGGCAGGGAUGUAGCUCAGUUGAUAGAGCAUGGCGUUUGCAACGCCAGGGUUGUGGGUUCGAUUCCCACGGGGGCCAGUAUAAAAAAAAAAAAAAUGUAUUAUGUAUUCACUAACUGUAAGUCGCUCUGGAUAAGAGCGUCUGCUAAAUGACUAAAAUGUAAAUGUAAAUCUAGGUAGGCCUAGGCCACUUAACUAGUCCUAGGCCAUUUAACUAGUCCUAGGAACCAUCCUAGUGAGACCAUUUAACUAGUCCUAGGAACCAUCCUAGUGAGACCAUUUAACUAGUCCUAGGAACCAUCCUAGUGAGACCAUUUAACUAGUCCUAGUGAGACCAUUUAACUAGUCCUAGGAACCCUCCUAGUGAGACCAUUUAACUAGUCCUAGGAACCAUCCUAGUGAGACCAUUUAACUAGUCCUAGGAACCCUCCUAGUGAGACCAUUUAACUAGUCCUAGGAACCCUCCUAGUGAGACCAUUUAACUAGUCCUAGGAACCAUCCUAGUGAGACCAUUUAACUAGUCCUAGUGAGACCAUUUAACUAGUCCUAGGAACCAUCCUAGUGAGACCAUUUAACUAGUCCUAGGAACCAUCCUAGUGAGACCAUUUAACUAGUCCUAGGAACCAUCCUAGUGAGACCAUUUAACUAGUCCUAGGAACCAUCCUAGUGAGACCAUUUAACUAGUCCUAGGAACCAUCCUAGUGAGACCAUUUAACUAGUCCUAGGAACCAUCCUAGUGAGACCAUUUAACUAGUCCUAGGAACCCUCCUAGUGAGACCAUUUAACUAGUCCUAGGAACCAUCCUAGUGAGACUAUUUAACUAGUCCUAGGAACCAUCCUAGUGAGACUAUUUAACUAGUCCUAGGAACUCUCCUAGUGAGUGUAGUAAUAUCAGUAGGCUAGCUAGUUUUGUAACGAUAUUAAAAACGACCCUUUGACCCCGUGUCCUCCAGGCGGUAGCGUAUGUGCGUAGCCGGCACCCGUCCUCCGCGCUGGUAGCGGUGAGCGAGGGUUCUGGGUCGGGCCUGCUGCUGUCCUACUUGGGAGAGUGUGGCUCCUCUUCUUACCUGACGGCUGCAGCCUGCGUCUCACCUGUCCUGCAGGGCCAGCUGUGGUUUGACACGCCCCUGCCGCCACUCUACCGCUGGGGGGCGCUGGUCCACCGCAAACUGCAGCUCAGCAGGUAGGAGAGUGAUGAUGAUGAUGAUUCAAAGCAAGGUAUGUUAUAGCACAGACUACUGUUACACCAGACUGUGUACCUUUAGAAGUCAUUUUCCCCUGCAUUUGCGGAGAUCACCUUCAAGAUAAACGUUGUCGGCUCAACUGUAAAUUACCUUGAAAAGUCCAUUAUAGUGCGCUACUCUAACAUGCCUUGCAUUGAAUCCCGGCCAUAGUCAUGAUGGGGUUGGUAAGCUGAGCUAAAGCUUCAGAGACAUGAUUAUGUUCUGACUCCUUCUCCCUCCCCAAAACUUUCCCUCCCCAGGUAUGCCAGUGCCCUUAGUGGGGUGUUAGACGUGGACAGGGCUCUCCACUGUUCUUCCCUCAGAGACUUUGAAGAGACCCUGUUCUGCUCCGCACUGCGACCCAACAUCCCCCACCACCCAACCAGUCACACACCGAUCCCAGCGACCAGAACCGCCAGUGGGACACCAACCACCAAACCAGGGGCUGCUGUACCCCCACUGAACACCCCCCAUCUGACGGGACCCCACAACCCCAAACUGGAGGCCAUUUCCAGGUCCAAAACCAUCUCCCCCACCCUUGCCUCCAAUCCCAGGGUUCCAACCAACAGAGCAGGGGCCACAGCACCCAACCAACACCCAACAGGACCCUUCCCGCCUGGGGCCUACACACACAUCCCUGGAGCUACAGCCUCCACCUCUGGAGCCAGACCAGGUGCCACAGGGGCCACUGCUCCCCCACCCUCCCUUAGGGGAGCUGGGGUAGCAGGGGUAGGUGGGGUGGCAGCCUGGGUGCUGGGGGAGCGGGGCCUUCCUGCCAGGGACUGGGAGAGUUACUGGGAGAGGAACGAACCACUGAGGGACGCAGACGAGGUGGCGGUUCCUGUGCUCUGCCUCUGUAGCCGUGACGACCCCCUCCUGCCGCCCCCCUCCACCCUGCCCCUCGCCCUCUUCCAGAACAACCCUUACUUCCUGCUGGCGCUGACGGAGAGGGGCGGGCACUGCGGGUUCGGACUGGAGGAGGGAGACGGGGGAGGUAACUGGAGUCACGUGGCUGUGUUGGAGUACUUCAGGGUGGUGGCUGAGUUUCUGAAGGGGGAGGAGAGGAAGGGGACGAGGUCGGGGGGUGUCGGGGGGUACGGGCAGGGGCAGAGAGGCAGUACCAGUACCAUGCUACCCCCCCGGAGGAGGAGGGAGACCAUGAUGAGGAGAGAGAGACCCAGCACUCGGUCACACACACAGGAACACCUCAAUGAUGGAGGAGGAGGAGGAGGAGGAGGGGAGGGACAGUUUACCUGGCAGAGGUCCUACACACGCUGA